GAGGAACGCGGGGCUGCCCGGGAGCGGGGCUGCCGGGGAGCGGGGCCCGCGGCGCGGGAGGUAGCAGAAUUGAACGUCUUACAAGACAGCGAUGGCUUUUUCUCUAGAAUUUGAAUAUGGAGGCCACAGGGACAGAUGAAGUAGAAAAGAUAAAAUCAAAGUUUAUGUCUGCUUGGCACAACAUGAAAUACAGUUGGGUGUUGAAAACAAAAACUUACUUCAGUAGAAACUCUCCAGUCUUUCUGUUGGGAAAAUGUUACCACUUCAAAACUGAUGAUUCUGGUGAACUCUCUACAGAUGGGUCCAAUUUUGAUCAAAUCAACACAGAGAUUUCAGGAAAUGUUGAGGAGUUUCGUAAGGAUUUUAUUUCUAGAAUAUGGCUGACAUACAGAGAGGAAUUUCCUCAGAUUAAGGGGUCUGCAUUAACAACAGACUGUGGUUGGGGCUGCACCCUGAGAACAGGUCAGAUGCUGUUGGCUCAAGGUCUUACGCUUCAUUUUCUUGGUCGAGCCUGGGUCUGGCCAGAUGCACUGGACAUUGACAGUUCAGAGUCUGAAUCCUGGACAGCCCAUACAGUGAAAAAGCUGACAGCAUCAUUCGAGGCGUCGCUGACGGCAGAAAGAGAACCCAAGAUCCUGCCCAAUCAUCAUCGGGGAUCACUGAAGAGAAACUGGGAUGACAAUGAAAUGAGAAAUGAGGUUUAUCAUAGGAAAAUAAUUUCUUGGUUUGGCGACUCUCCACGGGCAGCUUUUGGGUUACAUCAGCUCAUAGAAUAUGGAAAGAAGUCUGGAAAAAUUGCGGGAGAUUGGUACGGGCCUGCAGUGGUUGCACAUAUUUUAAGAAAAGCUGUUGAAGAAGCAAGAGACCCUGAGCUACAAGGAGUAACAGUCUAUGUUGCUCAGGAUUGUACAGUCUACAGUUCAGAUGUUAUUGACAGACAGUGUUCUUCCGUGGGUUCUGGAAAAGCAGACACAAAAGCUGUAAUUAUAUUAGUUCCUGUGAGACUCGGUGGAGAGAGAACAAACAUGGACUACUUAGAGUUUGUAAAGGGAAUUUUAAGCCUUGAGUAUUGUGUUGGUAUUAUUGGUGGCAAACCCAAGCAGUCAUAUUACUUCACUGGAUUUCAAGAUGACAGUUUGAUUUACAUGGAUCCUCAUUACUGCCAAUCUUUUGUAGAUGUCAGCAUAAAGGAUUUCCCUCUUGAGUCAUUCCACUGUCCUUCUCCCAAAAAGAUGUCAUUCAAGAAAAUGGAUCCGAGCUGCACAAUAGGAUUUUACUGCAGCACUGUGCAGGACUUUGAGAAGGCUUCUGAAGAAAUCACCAAGACGUUCCUUGGGUUGCGCUGGGAGAGGCGGGCGGCGCUGGCCCACGAGGUGGCACUCGUGAAAUGGGAAUGUUCUGCAGCGGGGAUCGCCCCUGCCGAGGAGGAGUUUGGAACAGGCAGCCCGUCCCCGGGGAGGGAUUUGGGUUUAAAUGGAAGUAUUUGAUCAAGCCAAAAUUGUGUAUGAUUUCUUGUUAGCGUAAGUGCUUUUUUCUGGUGGCAUUUGAGUGUAAAGCAGCGUGUUGAUGAUCUGGUAGCAGUGAACUCUGCGGAGCUGGGAUCACCCAACACAUCUGUCUGAUCGUGUCCUUCCACUUGAAAAGCCCUGGUAUAGGUUCAUGUAGGUCCAAGUAGUAAUUGGCUUUUUUUUUUCCUUAAUUAUUACAGCAUGUGAGUGGAUGAAAUAAAGCAGGGAUAAUACGCAGUGUUAGCUGUGGUUGGGAAUAACUGUGCCUUGGGAUUUUAAAUAAUAGACUCUGAGGGGAUGCAGUGGCAGCAGAAGGUGGUCACAAUAUUAAUAUUCUAACCAGAGCAGUUAUCACAGCAGCACAGACAAUUACAUUUGUACAGCAUUUGGAACGCCCUGUUAAGUGGCAUAUUACGACCAAAAAAUAUAUAAAUUUACAACUUAAGGCUGUAUAUAAUUUUUAGUAGAUACUGAUUGAUGCUGAAGUUGUUUCUUUGAUUCUCCCACAGAGGUAGAAAAUAGAUUUAAAGAAGCAGAAGUUCCUAAGCAAUGGAUAUAUGGAAAGUUUAAAUACUGACGUUUCUUUUCAUCCAUGUUUUCCUGUCCUGUCAUGUAUGAGAAAGAAUGGAAUUACAUGGUAAAAAAAUCUAAUUACAAAAUCAGUUGCACUGGAAGUUCCCCUUCUCUCUUUUCCUUCUUUCUUUUAAGUACUUUUCUGAACAUACCUUGUGAAAAUCCUCAUGGCUGAUCUAAGUCUUCGAGUUAUUAUUUGGAAUUUUACAUUCUUUAGUUCUUUAAUUUUAUAUCAAUAUAUUUCAGGCACAGUAAGUUUGAAAAUGGAGGAAAGUUUAGAUACAAAUACAAUGUGAGGAACAUUCUAUCAUCUUUCAAUCCUUCCUUCACAUCCUGUAUUUUUUCCUGCUUGUCCAUUCUUUUUCCCUUUGUUUGCCAUUUGAGUGUGGUAACUCUUGAACUACAAGGCACAAUGUACUCCCAGCGUGCCCUGUGUUGGCUAGACUAGUUCUCACUGUUUUUGUGGUCAAUAAGAGGUGGGAGUAAAGACUUAGCUUUUAUUACUUGAGGAUAAACCUUAUGAGCCAUAGAUUUAGAGAAAGAGAUGAGAGCAUUGAAAUCACGAGCCCGAAUGGAGUGACUGGGAAACUCCAUUCAAAUCACAUCCAAGUUGCCUUUUGUUUUUGUACUCACUUGUUAGGCAAAAAUUGUUAAGUACUUUAGUAAUACCUGUAAUUAAAUAGCUGAUAGAUUAAGGACACCUAAAAGCACAUACAGACUUGAGAGUGAUGGAUUUUACCAACCAUCUGUGGUCCUACCUCUCUCUUGCCCAUCCAGCACAAACACUGAGCAGGCAAAACAGCUUCAGUGGCUUCUCAACACCAUGGAGCAGAUCCAGGAGGUCAGCAAGAAGCUCUAGCCUUGCACAGCUCCUGGGACAGCUCUGCCUUUUCCUGGCCUUGUUACUUAACUGGUACCAGGAUUGUCUUUCUGCUAACACAGUGAAUUGUUUCCCUAUCAAAACCAUGACAGCAAAUAAAUAAUCCACUUGGGCUACAGCUGCAUUUGCCUGCUUGUAGCCCUGGUUCUUAGGAGAAAUGAAAAAUUCUCCUAAGAAGAACAGCAGGAAUGCAGGAAGAAUUCUUGCAGUGACAACAGUGGCAAUAGAACACUGAAAUACUAAAAAAUAUUGAUGUUUAUCAAUAAACUUCUCUAGAAAUCAUCACUGGUAUCUAUUUUUUAGUUUCAAGUUAUCUGUAAUCCCUGAGUGAGAGGUAGUUUGAUAAUAAUUGCAGUCAUCUUAACCAAGAUUACUCGACUCUUGUUCAGGCAUUUGCCUGUCUGUCCAGCUCAUGUUCUGUGUUUCAUCACCCCUGUAAUACCCAGAGAGAGGUGUAACACGUACCUGUGGAGAUGGAAGUUUCAAGGAGAGCUGAACACAGCCAAGGGCAGUGGGACUGCAGGUGUGUUUCUGUCCUGCUGUGCAGGGACCACCUUUACAGGUGGGGUGGGUCAGUCCUCUGCAUCCCCUCAGGUGCAGCAGUCAGAUGAGUUUCCUGUUGCAAACUUGCCAGCAGGAGCUGGACUGAGUCCACAGGGCAGCAAACAGCCUUCAUGUGGCUACCAAAUUCUGUUCCUGCUGAGCCAGAUUCUAUUCAGCCCCUAGAGAGGAGAGGGUUUGCAUCCAGUCAUCUGGCCUUCUCAAGAAACAAAGCAUUUGUAGGUCUUACAGACUUCCUUCUCAGGCUUAUUUGUUACUCUUCUUUUGCUAACUACUGUGUGUAUCUUUCCUGUAUCUCCUGCUCUUUUACCCAGGUUUCUCAUUAUAGUAGCCAAAUGCAAUUAAACUAGGCAAGAAUAAAGUGGAAAAUUUCAAAAUCACAGUGUAAUUUAUUUUUUUUUAAACACACCCAUCAGCCCCAAUCUUUUAAAAAUAGUUCUUACUGCAUAAAGGUCUAUGUAGGUUUUUUACUGUUUUAGAUUAAGAGCCCUUAUGAAAUGAUGUUUAGUGAUUUUAGUUCCACAGAGUGUAUAGCUCUAGCUGUUUUAUCAAAGCAGGUAAGAAAUAAAAUAAAAUAAAAUGAAAAAAUAAUCAGUUAACAAGGAAGUGUCCCAAAUAGCCUGAAAGGCUGAAAAGUCUUGCAGUAUUUGGCAGAUUUUUAUCUGCUAUUAAAGGAAUUUUGCUGAUCUGUUUUAGUGUUUAUCAUUCUCCACCACCCACCUUCUACACUCUUAAUUUUUCUUGUUUAUAAAUGUAGGUUUCUGGCACCCUUGUUGCCACAGCCUGUUAUCAUCAUGAGUCUGGUUUUUAGCCAUGCUCUUGAUUGGCUAUUUUACAUAGGUUUACGUGUUUAAACUUUUAAUAAAAACAUUGAUUAUGGUACAUGCUGAUUCUACAAUAAAAGCAUCUCCCUGACAUGCUGCAGGAUUCAUACCUGUGCUUGAGGGAAGCAUUAUGGCCAUUAACUAUUUUGUGGAGUUUUUUGUUUCCCUGCAAGAGCUCCAGUUUCACUGAAACAAACAGCACAUCGAGGAGAUCUGUAUGGAACAAGAUGCAGGGUUAGGCAAAAAAUUAGCAGCUACCUGAAGAAGUGGAAGUAAAGGGUUAUUUAAUGGUAGAGGGGGGGGGGUUAGGUCAUGCAAUGUUUUGGUUUAAUAUGAUGAUAAUCAAAAUGAAACAUGCAUUUUUUACUUUCCAGUCAUGAUCAGGUAAGUAAUCACUACUUGCUGUAUUUUGUUACCAAUUAACAUUUUAUCUGGUAUGUGUUUUACA